CCAGUGUCAGUCCUGGAGAGAACGGCGGUGGCGGGGCUGGUAGCCCGGCAGCCGCAGGUGGGGCCUCGGGCGCUGGCGGACGAACCAAGCCGCAGAGCCCCGGAGCCCCCGUAACCCGUGCGGGGAGCGCCCAGGAUGCCGCGCGGGAACUCUGAGCAGGUGCGCUACUGUGCGCACUUCUCUUACCUCUGGCUCAAGUUCUCACUUAUCAUUUACUCCACCGUGUUCUGGCUGAUCGGGGCCCUGGUCCUGUCCGUGGGGAUCUAUGCAGAGGUCGAGCGGCAGAAAUAUAAAACCCUCGAAAGUGCCUUCCUGGCUCCGGCCAUCAUCCUCAUCCUCCUGGGCGUCGUCAUGUUCAUGGUGUCCUUCAUUGGUGUGCUGGCAUCCCUCCGUGACAACCUGUUCCUUCUCCAAGCAUUCAUGUACAUCCUGGGGAUCUGCCUCAUCAUGGAGCUCAUUGGUGGCGUGGUGGCCUUGAUCUUCCGGAACCAGACCAUUGACUUCCUGAAUGACAACAUUCGAAGAGGAAUUGAGAACUACUAUGACGAUCUGGACUUCAAAAACAUCAUGGACUUUGUUCAGAAAAAGUUCAAGUGCUGUGGCGGGGAGGACUACCGAGACUGGAGCAAGAACCAGUACCAUGACUGCAGCGCUCCCGGCCCCCUGGCCUGCGGGGUGCCCUACACCUGCUGCAUCCGGAACACGACAGAAGUUGUCAACACCAUGUGUGGCUACAAAACUAUCGACAAGGAGCGCCUCAGUGUGCAGGAUGUCAUCUACGUGCGGGGCUGCACCAAUGCCGUGCUCAUCUGGUUCAUGGACAACUACACCAUCAUGGCGGGCAUCCUCCUGGGCAUCCUGCUUCCCCAGUUCCUGGGGGUGCUGCUGACGCUGCUGUACAUCACCCGGGUGGAGGACAUCAUCAGGGAGCACUCCGUCACUGAUGGGCUCCUGGGGCCAGGUGCCAAGUCCGGUGUGGAGGUGGCGGGCACGGGCUGCUGCUUGUGCUACCCCAGUUAGGACCCAACCUGGGAUGGCAGCUCCAGCAAGGACCGUCUGGGACAGCACCUCUCACUCAGUCCACGUCAUGGGGCUGGACAGGGCUGUGGGCCCUCUGCCCACACUCAGGACUGACAACAGCCAGGGCUCUUAGUGUGUGUGUUUUUGUGUGUGGGGGGUCCCACAGCCGCCGCUGCCUCCCCAGGGAGCGGAGCCUGGGCCUCCCUUUAAAGACUUACCCAAGGCGGCUCCGGAAUCUGUGCCCACCUGCGGCCUGGGGAAUGAGGCCCUCUUCUUCCGGCCUGGACUGCGGGGGAGGGGAGCCUGGGGCCCAUUUCAUCUCUGGCAGUGCCUUGGCCUGAGGUAUUCAAGGCAGUUUUGUAGCACUUGUAACCCUGGAGAGGGGAGGGGAAGGUGCCCCUGGGGCAGGAGGGAAGGGCUGUUCCCGCCGCCACGCCCAUGGCCAGCCUGGCCUCUUCUCAGCCUCCCAGGUGCCUUGAGCCCUCUUAAGGGCAGCUGCUUCCUUGAUCCUAGUUUUUUACGUGAUUUUUGUAACAUUCAUUUUUUUUGUACAGAUAACAGAAGUUUCUGACUAAUCAAAGCUGGUAUUUGCCCUCAUGUCUUAUUCUUGCCCUUCCCCCAACCAGUUUAUUAAUCAAUAAAAAUGCGAUUUUUUUU